CGACCAUAAGGAGCCAAGGUGGCAUGUCCAAUAUGGGCAAUUCUAUGGCUGCCAUCAGCAGCAUCGAUGGUUCUGGAGACCGAAUGGUGGUUGACCAUGCCGCAAACAUAUAUAAAGGUGUGCUCCCCAAGUCAUCCCUACCUCGUCCCACUGUUCCUCCUCGGCAAUGUCACUAGAGUAUCGCUGCGCACUCGCUGUCUUGCAAGCCUUCGCCGGUGACUCCGAGAACUUUCUGGGAAGGACCCUGGAGUGGCCGUGGUAUACGUUCUGGCAACGAGCAUUCUACGAAGACGUCAACUCUCGAAGAGUCUUUGCGGGGCCACAGUCCGAAAUUGCUAAGGUCCAACACACGAACGAUGGCAAAAGCGUGAUCAAGAAGAAAGUUCCGGACUUCGUCCUCAUCUAUCUCACAGGAGUCCCUCGGAACCACAACAUAGGUUCCCUCGCUCAAGUGACUAACCACGAGCAACUGCGCCAAUUCUACCAGGGCCGUUGCAUGCUCUCCGACUCUUUCGUCCUCGCGCUAUGCGAGAUCAAGGCUUAUCCCAAUCCGGACAAAAUACCAGCGGGGGAUCGCUUCCAGGUGGCUCUGGCGCUUGCAACAUUUAAUAUGCAGAGCGAGGCUCGUCACGGCGUCAGGAACCAAGUGCAGCUUUACUUUUCCUCCCACAGAGACGUCGAUAGCGUUGUGGGUAUCGCUGCCUUUGGGCCUUAUUUUUCGUGGAAGAUCUUCGUACGAGACGAUGUGAGUGACGUUUCCAACAACGUUGACCCCACGUACAAAGACCCGGCCGAUCAAGACACUAACAACAAUUCCGGAGAAGCUACAAGACCUACCGGGACAAUGCCUGCCGUCCCGCGUGCUGUAGCAGGCCCAUCAUCAAAUGCGCGCCCUAAGCGGAACCGUCGUGAAGUUCAGAAGUACAAACAAUUUCGGGAUGCAGGGGCGUAUCAGCUAAGCACUUCGGAAGAGGAAGUAACUUCUCGUGUCAAUCAGCAGCCGAAAGGGAAGGGAAACGCCGCAGGAGUAGGCCAGGUGAGCUCGAAGCCGGAGCCGGAGCCGAAGCCCGCUGGCAAGAGCCAAUCUGGCCCUAAGAACAAGGGCAAAGGCAAAGGGGUCAGUCAGGCAUCGUUAGGGCCUAAUCUGACAUCCCUGGAAUUACCGCCGUUGCUCGUGUUCCCGGAAGAAGCCGACGAAGGGGCGGCGGCGGCGAGUGGUGGAGCCUAUGCCGAGGACCCAGAUGCUGCGAAUAGUGAUGUGGGUUCGGAAGCCGCCUCCACGUCUGCUAAUACGUCCAGGGACGAAGCGACAGAGAAGACCACUAGCACUGAUGACGAAGAGAGGGAAGACUCGCGUCGCACCCCUGGAAAUGAAUUGGCCUGGUCGCUUUGGUACCAUUGGGACACCGCAAAAGGUUUCAAGGAACGAUCAAACAUGCUCACCGCCAUCCAGCGGGAGAACCCCGAUCGCCCAUUCCGUCGCUAGGGUUAGCAAGAUGUCUACUCGUGUUGAUACUUACAGCAGUCACCGUCGAGUCAGAAGGCUUCACUUUUCUAUGUCCUCUAGUGUCCUUGAUUAGAUUUAGUCACCAAUGAGACUGAACCGGUAGUAUACAUGUUAGGCAUACGUAGUGGGGUUGGGACAAACAUGCGGGCGAAGUAAAGUGCAGCGUCGAUGAUGAUGGAGGAGUGUAUGUUGUGUCAAAGCUGCGGUUCAUCGAUGGUGCAACACGCAUCGAAAUUCGUCGACAGUGACUUGGCUGCCU